UGCGCGCUCCCGCCGCCUAUAAAGUCCAUUCGUCCAUCGUUCCAUUCAAUUUCUUCCAGACACUCAACGAUUCCCAGCUACAACAAUGGCCUCCGGUGUGAAAGUCACAGAUGAAGUCAUCGCUAUCUUCAAUGACAUGAAGGUCCGUAAGGCUCAGGCUAACGAGGAGGAGAAAAGGAAGAGGAAGAAGGCUGUUCUGUUCUGCCUGAGCAAAGACCUGAAGAACAUAGUGCUGGAUGAGGGGAAAGAGAUCCUGCUGGGUGACAUUGGAAACACCGUCAAAGACCCAUACCAGGAAUUUGUGAAGAUGCUGCCCCCAGACGACUGCCGUUAUGCCCUGUACGACGCCACCUACGAGACCAAAGAAACAAAGAAAGAGGACUUGGUCUUUAUGUUCUGGGCACCGGACAGUGCUCCUCUGAAGAGCAAGAUGAUCUAUGCAAGCUCAAAAGAUGCUAUUAAGAGGAAAUUUGAAGGCAUUAAGCACGAGUGGCAGGUGAACGGUUUGGAAGACCUCAAAGACCGACACACUCUGGCAGAGAAGCUCGGCGGCUCAUCAGUAGUCACCCUGGAAGGAUCUCCUAUAUAAAUAUGACUCUCCUCUGCUCCGGCUUCAAUCGAAGCCUCUCAGACACAUCUGUUGGGUUUAGCUGUUCAUUCCAGUCUGGUGUGGAGAAAUGGGUAUAAGCAAAGCCAGCAUCAUUCGUGGGACAUUCGGGGAGGGAUACAGUGGGUGGGCUAUUGGGUUAAACUGACAAAUGAAAAUAAAAACAGGCAGACUGUUGUUCAAGUUCAUGCAGCAUAAGGAUUAAGAACAAAACACACCUAGAUACAAACGAUGGAUGAAGAAAUUUAAAUGCACUUAUUCACAUUUAAGGACAGGGUUUUGUUCUUUUCAGGUUCCACUUGAGAUACUCCAGACAGAUGACAACCUUUUUAGUUUUUUCAACCAUCAAAUCAUAAAGUGCUCCCACUACAUACCUGUUUUUUGUUUGCCAAACUUCCAGUUAAGUUUUGAGUGUAGUUGAGGUUAGGUAUAGUAUGAACUAAUUCAUCUUGUUUGCACAAGACGUAUGAAAACCUCUGGGGGGGGGGGGCACGGUUAAAUAUAUUGUUUGUUUUUUGUUGUUGUUUGAACAUGCAAUUCCGAAAAACUUGAGUGAUUCCUUUUUAUUUCCUGUUGUGUCUGAGAACUUGGCAUUUGUUGUAGUAAACAUAACAUUCCUUGUACUUGUUAAAACAAAGAUUUCCUGGUUUUAAAAACUUCCGGUGUUGAUGAUGGUCUGAUGGGGAGCGAUGUGUAAAAGAAGGACGAGCAGUCUGUGUUUGAGACUGAAAAAUGAAGGGUGGAUGUUUUGUAUCGUCUCCUUAUCUCUAAUAAAAAGCACUAAACUACUCA